AUGUCUUCAGAUCCUAAAGUGGAAUGCUGGAGGGAUGUCACAGGACAAAAAGAUCCAAGUCCAGAAAAUCCUACAAACCAUAUUGGAAAGGAAAUUGAAGACAUGCUAAACAUCAACCCUCUGGAACUUAUUUACAGCAAUGAGGAUCCGACUACAUAUUUGCACUACAAUGGAACCAGAACAAUUCCUGAUUUACUCUUGCCUUCAAGCGACAUCAGUGAGCAUACACGCCGCAAAAUAAUUGACGAUCCUGGUUCUGGUCACAAACCAGUCAUUGCUAAGGCUGAACUUCAUUCAAGUCCCCUCAACUUCAACCAACAUUCUGACAAACUUUGCACUGCUGUCACGAAUAUUAUGAUCAGAUGUGCAAAGAAAACUAUUCCCCGAGGCAAAACUAAACACUAUCGAGUGUUUUGGUCUAAACACCUUGAGGAACUGAAAAGAAUGAGGGACGCCCUUCGCAACACUGCUGAUCAGACUGGAGGAACGGAAGACGUAAAAGCCUGA